AUGUUUUCAUCAAAAGAUUGGUAUGAAUAUGGAUGUACAAAACAUAAGGAUGCUUAUGAGGUGAGAAAGUGGAUCAUUCGUGACACAAGUUUUUGGAACCAUGUUGCUUAUUGCAUAAAGAGUGUUUUGCCACUUUUUUGUGUCUUAAAAGAGGUUGAUUUAGAAGUGAGACCCGCCAUGGGAAUUAUCUUUGAGUUGAUGGAUGCCGCAAAAGAUAAGAUUGCAAGUUAUUACUUGAACCCUCAAUUCCGAUAUGAAGACAACUUUAAAUACCGAGCACGUGAAGAAGGGUUUGGAAGAGUGCAUGGAUAUGAUGUGGUUGGUGAGGCUCGUGUCGCAGCGGAAAUACAAUUGGACUUAUAUGAGCAAAAGCUUGUGUUUUGGUGGGAAAAAUAUGGGACAGAAACACUGGAGUUGAUGGAUUUUGCUACUCGGGUCCUUUCCCUUACUUAUUCAUACCAAAAGAGGUUGCAUGCUUUAGUCUAUGUGAAAUAUAAUAUUGCUAUAAGAGAUAAGAUAGAGGAUCCACUUCUCCCAGCCGAUCCACAUUGGCUUGAGGACAAUGUGGAAGAUCUAACAUUAAAUGAUGAGGCGGUAAGAAAUGUGCCAAUUGGUACAUGUCAAAGUACCCUAAUUGAUAGAAAGCCUCCUUCUCGUGUGCCUACUCCUCCCCAUGAGCCUACUCCUUCUCUUGAUAAACAUAUUGUUUUAUACAAAAGGAAAUCUAAUGAAGGAGCACGUUCAAGUAAAAGAAAGGCUCCAAGGAAAUCAAUGCAUCUUGAUGACAUUGUGGAUGAUGAUAUUAGAAUUAAUCCAUAUGAUGACACCAAUCCCCUCUUCGAGCACCAUGGUGAUGAUAGUGAUGGAGGUGAUAGUUUGGGUGAUGAUAGUCUGAAUGGUGAUCUUCUAAUUGAUGAGGAUAAUGAUUUCCAAAGAUGA